GGCAGACAAAAAAUGGCGUCUAUGAAGAAACGUAAGGUAGCGCGUGAAUGCAGAAGAUUUCAGACACGGUGGGCAAAUGAAUACUUUUUUAUAGAAGUGAAAGGGAAGUGUGUCUGCUUGAUUUGUACUGAGACUGUGGCAGUGAUGAAAGAGUAUAAUUUACGAAGACACUAUGAAACCAAACAUCAGACGUAUGCAUCCUACACUGGUGCCGAACGAGAACAUAAAGUUAAGCAAAUGGCAGCCAGCCUGUUAGCUCAGCAACAGUAUUUUUUUCGUGCUAAUAAGGCACAAGAAAAUGCCACAGUGGCUAGCUACGAGAUAGCUCAACUCAUUGCACAACACGGGAAACCUUUCUCAGAUGGAGACUUCAUAAAACAGUGCCUCACUAAAGUUGCAGGAAUAAUGUGCCCGGAAAAACUGCAGGAAUUCAGCAGCGUGAGCAUGUCCAGAAACACAGUUGUGCGGCGAAUAGAAGACUUGUCUGCUGACUUAAAACAUCAAAUGUCAGAUAAAGCUUGCGCUUUUGAUUUUUACUCGAUAGCAUGUGAUGAGAGCACAGAUGCCACAGACACCGCACAGCUGUUAAUUUUUUUGCGGGGAGUUGAUGAUAAUUUUUGCAUCACGGAGGAGCUGCUUGAUCUUAGAAGUCUAAAGGGCACAACGACGGGUAAGGACAUUUUUGAAGCGGUAUCAGAUGCAGUUGACAACAUUGGACUUAAAUGGGACAAGUUGUGUGGAGUUACAACGGAUGGAGCCCCAGCUAUGACCGGAGAGCGCAAAGGAAUGGCCUCUAUGGUGUGUGCCAAGGUUAAAGAGAGUGGAGGUGAGGCUGUGAAAAUGCAUUGUAUCAUUCACCAAGAAGCCCUCUGCUCCAAGACAGUCCAGCUCGGCGAUGUGAUGAACACUGUUGUAAAAACGGUAAACAUAAUUCGAGCACGAGGGCUGUACCACAGAGAAUUUCAAGCGUUCCUAUCAGACAUCGAUGCUGAAUACGGAGACCUGCUGUACCAUUGUGAUGUGCGCUGGCUAAGUCGCGGCUCCGUGCUGCAGCGGUUUUAUGCCCUGAGGUCGGAAAUUGACCAGUUUUUGAAAGAAAAGGACCGCCCGCUUCAUGAGCUGAGUGAUCCUUUAUGGUUGGCCGACCUAGCAUUUUUAGUUGAUCUUACCGAUCAUCUUAACUCACUUAACAAGAGCCUACAAGGCAAAGACCAGCUUGUACCACAACUUUAUACGCAGAUGAAGGCAUUCUGCGUGAAACUCCGUCUCUUUGAGGCACAGUUACGCAACUUUAAUUUUGCGCACUUCCCCACGCUGUCAGAAAUCAAGAGUGCUUUUCCAAAGGCCAAUCUUUCUCUUAAGAAAGGGAAAUAUUUGUCUGUUAUCACAUCUCUGAUGACAGAAUUCAGUCAGCGCUUCCAAGAUUUCUCUAAUAUUGAAAAACAAAUCAAACUGUUCUCGACUCCCUUCCUGGUGGAUGCAGAGGGAGUGGAAGAGAGUCUGCAAUUAAAACUUAUUGAUAUGCAGUGUGAUGAUUCUCUGAGAAAUCAACACCAGCUUUUGUCCCUACCUGACUUCUAUCGGAGGGUGGAAAAGGACAAGUUUCCUCUGAUGAGACGCCAUGCAAAAAGAAUGAUGAGUCUGUUUGGCUCCACAUACAUAUGUGAGCAAACAUUUUCAUUAUUAACUCUGAACAAAAGCAGACUGAGAACCAAAAUGACUGACAGCCAUCUCUGUGAUGUCCUCCGCAUCUCAACCACCAAACUUACUCCUGAUCUGCCAGCCAUCCUUCAGGCCAAAGCACAGCAUCACUGCUCCCACUGAGUGCAGCACUGUUCCCAUUUUAGGGGUGUGAAGAGGGAAUCAUGAUCCCGAGUAAGAAGCAAUGUGAGGCUGCCAACAGUGAAAAGACCUGUAAAGCAGCAGAAUAAAUGAAAAAUUGAAAAAUCAUUAAUAAAAAACUGUGAUCCAGGCAAUGUCAAUGAUUAUUCACAUGUGUUUGGUUUAAUAACUUGUGAUAUAUAAAAUUUGUCCUGAACUAAGUG